AUGGCGAGAGAAGGUGCCGGAAAUGAUUUUACGGAAGAUCAGUGGGAGCAGUCCGGAGAAGAUUUCAACAAAGCUCAGAUGCAAAUAACAGAAUGGUUGACAUCUUUAGAAGCGGCAGAAAGAAAAUCCGUAAUGGUCGAAAAAAUAAAAAUUCCAGAGUUUAGUGGACGUCGUGAAGAUUGGAACUCGUUUUAUGAAUUAUUUCGCACAUUAGUGCACGAAGAUAAAAAUGCCUCAGAUCAAGAGAAGCUGUUUCGUCUACGGUCAGCUUUUAAGGGGGAUGCACUGCAGAUUAUUCGAAACAUGCCGUUAACCAGUUCAGCAUAUGAAGGGGCUUUGGAAGCAUUACGUAAAAGGUACGACAAUAAAAGGAGUCUGUAUGCUCUGGCAGCCCAAAGCCAGAAUAUUCCCGGACAGUUCGUCAAACAUCUUGAGAGCGACAACAUACAAAUCGAGUGCCCCGUGAAUCGACAAGUGCCCGCGAAAAUCAUCAAAUCGAAUCGUGAAGCAAACUAG